AGCCGCUCUGGCCCGAGGCGGCUCCGGGGCGAGUUGGGCCGCGGCGCCCGCCGCCGGGGCGCGCCCUAAGGGCCCUAUAGCGGCGCGGCCGGGGGGGCGGGCGAGGGGCGGCGGCCGCGCGAUGCUGUCGCCGCCCGAGAGCCCCGAGUGCGCCCGCAGGGGGCGCCGCUGGGCGGAGUAUCGGGCCGACCCGGCGGGGGACUUCCUGGACGGCCUGGUCGAGCCGCUGGUGCAGGGCCUGGUGGCGCAGCUCAGGCCGCACUACCAGCGGGAGCUCCAGCGCAUGCGGCGGCAGCUCGAGGCCGCCCGCGGCGUGCCCGAGGGCCCCUGCGGCGAGAGCGCCGCGGCGGGCCCGCGGGAGGCCGAGGCCCCGCCCCCGCCCGGCAUCGGCUUCGCGGGGCUCGCGUCCUUCCAGAGCGAGGGCAGCACGGCGGGCCCGAGGGCCGUGCGGCUGCCUGUCGUGGACGUGGACCCGGUGUGGAACAGGAUGUCGAGCUGUGACUCCUCGGUUCCCGAUGCGCUGGCGAUGGUGAGGCAGUACCCCCCGACGAGCCUGGAGGACGAUUUCCGCGCCGUCCACAAGGUGAGGAUGGACGAGGUGGACGCGCUGAAGAGGGCCGCGGACUGGUUCGAGAAGCAGAGGGUCGCAGAGGCACGGGGUGACCUCGGCAUCUCCCUGCCCGGCGCCCCGCAGGCAGCGUUCGGCCUGAGUGCCAGGGCCCACGGUGUGGUCUCGUGGGCUUACUUCGAGACGCUGAUGGGGGCAGUCAUCGUCGCGAACGCGCUCACGAUAGGGGCGGAGGCGUCUGCCUCGGCCCAGGGGCAGGACGCUCCGCCCCUGUUCAGCGUGUGCGAGUACGCGUUCCUGGCCAUCUACGUCGCGGAGAUCUGCCUGCGGUUUGCUGCGUUCGGCGUGAGGGCGUCCACGAGAAGCCACUGGGUGAAGCUGGAUAUCUUCCUGGUGGUAGCAGGACUUGCGAACUCGGUUCUCACCGUGACGUCUGUGUCUGGCGAGGCUGCGAAUGACAUUGUGGGCAAAAUCAACAUGAUGAAGUUGUUUAGGCUUAUCCGUCUUUGUCGAGUUGCACGUCUUGUCGUACAUUUCCGCACGCUGUGGCUGCUCGUCCACUGUCUUCUGUAUUCAAUAACUCCCAUGUUGUGGACUGCUGGCGUCAUGAUUGUGGUCGUCUACGUGUUCGCGAUCUUCGGCAUGGAAUUCAUUAUUGCAGGUGCCUUUGAAGACGAGGAUUACGUGAUGGCCUCGAGCAAGUUCAGCUCGCUUUGGAGCUCUAUGUUGACCCUCUGGCAGUUCAUGUUCGUCGACGGCGCAGCUGCAAUUUACAAACCCCUCGUCUCCAGGAGCCCUCUGCUGGCUUUGUACUUUCUGGCGUUCUUCUUGGUGGGCCCAGUCGCACUCUUGAACAUUCGGGGUCGGCGGACUGCCAUCAUGGUAGAGUCGUCCUUGCGGAUCGCCAAGGAAGAUCAACAGGCCAAGAACGCAUGGAUGGAUUUGAAGAAGAGGGAGAUGAUACCCAAGUUGCAUGCUUUAUUCAAAGGCUUAGAUCUGAACGGCGACGGGCUGGUUAGUCUGGCAGAACUCAAAGCAAGCCCGCCAGAACUCAAGGAGCAGAUCCAGCGCAUAGUUCAAAUGGAGCAGCUGGAGAGUAUAUUUCAUCUGCUCGACCUGGACUGCGCCGGCUCGAUCAGUAUCGACGAGUUUGUGGAUGGACUCAUGCGUUCGUUAUGCGACGAGAAGCCGUCCGAGCUGAUCUUGCUCGUGAGCCAGAACAGGAACGAGGAUCAUGAGCAUGAUGCGGCGGCUCGACUUCAAGACCGACGCGUCAGAGCCCCUGGCUGGACUGCCGGAGCAGAAAGAUCAGGAGGAGGAGGAGGAGCAAGGCUUCUAGUCCAGGUGGACUUCGGGGCGGCGCCGUGCCCGCCGCUCCAGAGCCAGCGCUCCCGCCGUUUUGGUCAGGACCGAGCAGGGAUGACGCUUCCCCUGGGAUGCUGGUCUGACCCGAGGGCUUCACAGAGAGCCCGAGGCGCCCGCGCUCGCGCGCGCGCGGCCGCUCGCGCAGGCCUUCUUUGCAAAGCCUGCCUGAAGAAUUCGAGAGCCACGCUGCCGCAGUCAGGGCCCUGAAGAAGGAACCCUUUUCGUUGGGGAGGGGCUCGGUGUUCCUUGAUUGGGCUGCAGCUUGCCUCCUGUUUCCCUGAGGUUUCCCGUGGGAGAUCGAAGUUCAACUUAUGGGAGCAAGGGGGCCCGUUCCUUAUUUAGGGGUUCCUUGUGCCAACGCCCCGACCUGUACUGCCACCGGCACGUUUUUUCAUCGGCGAUUUUUAAUACUGUGCAAGUCCAGCGUGGCCUCGACGCUCCAGCCGCGGCGCGCCCGAGGGCAUCGAGGCAGCACGAGCGUGCUCGCUGUUAUGGUCUGGAGCAAGCUCGUGCUUGGCUUGGCUCCGACGCUCCAGCCGCAGCACACCCGAGGGCACCGAGGCAGCACGAGCGUGCUCGUGGUGUGGUCUGGAGCAAGCUCUUCUGAGAAGGCCUUCUCCUUCUCACUCCCCCCCCCCUCGCUUGCCCCGAACGUGCGGGACCCCCACCCCGUGGGCCUCCCGGCCCUGCCUCUCGGGAGGGCGCCGCACUGGCGGCCGCUUCCCCGAGGCCGGCCGGGGCACGGCCCCUCAAGAAGACCGCGGGGGCAUCACGCUGCGAUGCACGAGCGCGGCCUCCCGAGGCCUGGCCGAGAUUCGUGCUGUUUGCUUUCUCCUUCCCCUCCGCCCCCCAGGUCGAGGCCCCGCUCCUCUCCAGCCAGCCUCCUCCCCCCCCGGCGGCGCCCUCGAGGUCGCGGCCGAGGGCCUCGGGGCUCGUCCCCGGGCCUGCGAACUGUUCCGUCGCCUCCUCCUGCUCUGCCGCCGCCCCCUAUUCUUCCUCCUCCUCCUCCAUCCCGCCUUGUCCUGGACUCGCUGACAGAACUAUGCUUGGUUCUGAGAGGAUCCUUCUGAGCUGCCGAGCCGCUACCAUCUCCACAAUGAUGGAGGUUCUCGCGAAUGCUGAAUUUUUCUGGCGUAACAUACCAAUUGUUAUCUAAAUAUGUGUUCAACGUCUCCGAUCUGUAUGUCCAAGUUUCGAAUUAUCGACCUUGCGCGUCCUUAUCAGGGUGGCGACUGUAACUGUAAUGCCAGCAGCGGAAAUAAAAGCAUCCAUCCUGGG